AUGCCCCUGCCCUGCGCGCGCCAGCUCCAACCCCGCGCCCGCCGCCGCCCACCCCGCGGCGUCAGGCCGGUCUUUCGGCCCGGCUCCUGUCACUCACCGGCCCGGCCCGGGCAGCGGGUGCCCACGGCUCCCCACGGGAGCUGGGCCCCCCGGGCCUCCAGGUUUCGGCCCGCCCCCUGGCAGGCAGCGCAGGUGGCUGAGAUCCGCAGGAGCGGCCCCGCACCGGCCGCUCGGUUCAGCUCCCGGCGCUGCCCACUAGGUACGGAUCAACAACAAGAUGGCGGCCAGCCGAGGGGGCGGGGGCCGGGCGUCAUAGUAACCAGGACGGCAAAGAACCCGCCCCCAGCUUAG